CGAGGAUCGCCGCAAAGACAACAAGGAGAAACUAGGCAUGGUGAUGGGCGUCCGCUCCCGGCUUCGGUCCCUCUGUAUUUCGGUCUCGUCCACGGUUUUGGGUAGCGUCGUCGGACAGGUAAAUGGUACAUCGCCCAUCCUGGAGGAGCUGCAAAUCAGCGUCACGGGUGCUUUCGGUGCGGCAAACCUGACUCCUUUCACGUCCCCGGUCUUGCGGCGUCUUCGGCUUAGUGGCCUCGACAGCCUGAAUGACUUCAGGAUGCUCUUCACGCCGACGUUGACUGAAGUGGUCUACCCAACCUUACGGACCUUAAGCUCAGUCUGGAUCUCGGACCUAUCCCGAUCAACCCUGGAGUUAUGAUCCAACUCGACAAGUUACCAUUCCCCUCCCUGCGGACCCUAUCCAUCGAUCUCUAUGGCCUCCGCGACGCGAAACUG